CAUUUACUAGUUACUAGGUACUCUCUCUUGGGUAUUCGAUGAACGGGCGUACGAAUCAUAUCCAGACGAAUGAAUUCCAAUCUCCAUGCAGCUCAAGUGACGAAGAAGUAAGCGAUUGUUUCCUUGAUGAGGUUUCCCUAUUGGAAUUUCUCGAGGGCAGUGAAAUGGCACAGCGUGAGCUCGUCAUCUCGACGACCUCAGCAGAGGAAACAAGUACACAAACUGGCACAACCUGUAAUGGCCCCCCUGAUAUCAGCAACUACACCAAGAUGCUGGCCACCUCAAGACGAACUGCUCCGCAAACUAAACCUUGGUACAAAAGGCGAAACGAAGAAGUUCUCUACCUGCGUGAAAAAGUAAAGCAACUCUCAGCGUGGUUGGACCACUUGAAACUUGAGGCUACUCUACGAUCCGAGUUAGAUAAGGAGCAAAUCACGAUGACAUCGACCCCGGAGUUGGAGCUCUGGAAGUCUCUCGCUGCGCGUCAGGAAAAAGAGCGAGAAGAAAGCGAGGUCGAAAACGAGAAAUUGCGCAAAAUUCUACAACAUCGUGUGGCUCAAGCCAAGGCUUUACAGCGUGCGUUCAAGAGGCGACUCCGCGAAGAUUCGGUUAGAGAUGCAAUGAACUUUUCCAAACGGUGCCGGGUAGAUGUUCAAGUUUGGCUACCCCCGACCAACAGCGCUGUUGUUUUCAAGGAUCUGAGUACCGGAAUCGACGAAGAAUUCGCCAACCUCGACAUUCUGUUCGACUCAAUUAAAAUGAACGAACUACCAUGUCCUGGGCGCCGCAACAAUACCGUCAAUAGUAGGGCCAAGGGCAAGCACGUAGAGUUUCUCGACUGUUAUGCGUUUCCAUUCGACUUCAAGCAGGUAGAUCGCACGAUGUGGAGCUUGGGAUCUGACGGUAUCGAGGACGUGAGCGCCACAUUUGUAGAGGUUCGUGUGGUAUAUCGUUAAGCAUCGUCGUUUUCGAGGUCAUUGUUGACUUAGUUGUCGUGUGGAUAUUGCAGAAAUUUCCCGCUGGAAGCUACACAAAGUGCAAGAGCGUGGGUUUUGCAUUCAGAUCCGAAUCGCUCGACGUUCGGGUCGUCAUGCGUAAAGUGGGUAGGCGCUAUGCUCUCGACGACAGAACCGUUUUCAUCUGGCGCACGCUGAUUGAGCCCAAGCACGACAGCCUCACCACCAUGGCAUUCCGCGAGACAACAUGUCUGGUGCUUCGUCCCGGGCAGGAUACGCACACAGGACCUACAACCAUAAUGCAAUCGCAUCGCCAAGUGGCUGCAGGGGACGGCGGUCGCAUUUCGAGUCAUACGUACAAGUCCUUUCGAGGGACAGACAUCUCCACUGCUGUGUGGAACGAUUCUAUCACCAAGUUUAACCACUAUGUCGAGGACACCCUGCUGCAGCAACAAAAACUCAAAUAGUUCCAAAUUUGGACCAAAUUCCUCAAACUGGUCCGGGAGUAAACAAAUGUCAACAACCCUAAUCUCUAAAUGUGAGCGUAAUCCAUCCCA